AUGGAGCGGCGGAAGGCGCUGUGGAUGGCAUUGGUGGUACUGGCGAUCAUAAUUAUUUUGUGCCGCGAAACGCCGUCGUGCGCCGCUCUUGAUGUAUCCGGUGCGCAGCGCGGAAUGCAAUUCGUCCGACUGAACCAGACCAACAUAUACCACGGGAAAUGCUUAGACGGAAGCGAGCCGGGGUACUACAUCCGCACGGGCAACAAGCGCGGCGCGCAGAACUGGGUCGUUCACCUCAUGAUGAACGAGUUCGGAGCGGGAUUCGCGGGCAUUCUGAGUCGCAGGGGGCGCGAGAAUCCGACCUUCAACGACUGGAACGCCGUGCUCGUCGUCUACUGCGACGGCGGGCUCUACGGCCGGCUCGCGCGGCGCGUACACCGCCAACAUGACGAGCCCGUUCUUCCUCGAAGGCCACGCCUCGCUCGCCAGCGUCAUUCACGGUACGCGCCGCUCGUGGUACGCCCCAUUCGCGGUACGCGCGUUUCUCGCUCUUGCACGCGCCUUCCCUCUUUCCCAGCUUCGCGGUUUGCUGAGCACUUUCCCCCUCCCCUUCCCCCCUCCACCCGCCCGCCAUCGCCGUGCCCGCGCGCAGACUUGCGGUUGCGCGGGCUAGGUUCGGCGCGCAACGUGCUGUUCAGCGGAUGCUCCGCGGGCGCGCAGGCCGUGGCGAUGACGUGCGACGCCAUGGCGCGCGCGUUCCCGUCCGCCAACGUCAAGUGCCUCAUGGACGCGGGGUUCUUCCUCGACACGCCGGACAUCCAGGGGCGGCUGACGUGGCGGCAGAGCGUAGAGCGGCUGUUCAAGUUCCACCGCAUGGGGCAGGGCACCCCCCCUGCGUGCCGCCAAGGUCAGUGUGCUUGCGGGCACCACUCCCAUACCCCCUGCGUAGGUCAGUGUGCGUGUUGGCAUGGCAGAGUGUGGAGCGGCUGGCUGUUCAAGUUCCACCGCAUGGGACAGGGCACCCCGCCCGCCUGCCACCAAGCGCACGCGCAGCAGCCCUGGAAGUGCCUGCUCCCGCAGUACAACCUGCCCUUCCUCCGCACGCACCUGCUCGUGGUCAACAGCCUGCAGGACGAGAUCGCAGUCAAGAUGACCUUCGCCCCUCCCUCCCUUAUUUCCCCUCUCUCUCCCCUUUCUUCACACACAGCACACGCGCAACAACCCUGGAAAUGCCUCCUUCCCCAGUACAACCUCCCCUUCCUCCGCACGCCACUGAUGGUCGUGAACAGCCUGCAGGACGAGAUCGCAGUCAAGAUGACCUUUGCACCGCCGCUCAUCAACGGCACAGUGCGCAUCCAAAAGUGCAUCGACAACAGCCCGCUCUGCCCCGCACCCUACCGCACCGCACUGCACCUCUACCAGAGCCGGCUGGCCCGCACUGUGCUAGCAAUCCAGCACGCGAAGCGGCGGCAGGGCGUGUGGUUUGAGUCGUUUCUCAUGAACUCUACGUCGCACUGCUCCGCGGUGUAUGGAGACUGGGUGGGCAAGGUGGACGUGUUGGGAAGGCAGCUGCCAAGGGUGGUGGAGGAGUGGUUUUUCCAUGGGAGGGGUGGUGGUGCUGGGGUGCCGGGUGGGUUGGUGGGGAGUGGUGGGGUGAAGCGAGGGGGGAAUGGCACGGGGGCUGGUGGUGUGGGCGCAGGGCAAAGUGGUGGGGGGGAAGCGGGUGCAGGUGGUGCAGGCGCGGGGGCAGGUGGUGCAGGCGCCUGGCCAGGUGGUGUGGGGAAAGGUGGUGCGUGGGCGGGUCAAAAGGGGAACAAAGGGGGGCGGGCGGGGGGGAGGCCCAUCCCCCGCCCACCGAAGGUCCCUGGCGUGCAAGCAGGCAGUGCAGGCGCGGGGAAGCUUCCCUCGAAGAGGGGCGCUGAUCAGAUGGGGACGGGGGGAAGCGAGGGCGGAGGGAAGGGGGGGGGAGGAGCAGCUGGGAAGGGGCAGCAGCAGCAGAGGGCAGGAAAGAGCACCGUGAAACGGCCUGGUACAGGCAUUGGGAAGGGACCUGGAGUAGGGGCAGGGGCAGGGAAGGCGCCUGGAGUGGGGGCAGGGGCAGGGAAGGCAGCGGGAGGGCGGAGAGGAGCGCUGUGGCCCGGUGUGAGGGGAAGGAAUGAGGGUGAGGAGGCAGAGCAAGCGAGGCCCAUAGCAGUGGAGGCGAAACUGUGA